UUCAGAGAAGGGAGAAAAAAAAGAAAAAGCGACGCCGAAGAGCGACGCUUGCAGCUGAUGUACGGCUGGCUCAAAAAUGGAGAGCGACACCACAGUCAGAAGAAUAAAACCCUUCGGGAUACAGAAUUAUUUAGCGCAAGAUAACGCCGGUUCCCGAGACCGUUGCGGCGAUAACGGCUACGGCGGGGACCCGAAGAGGAAGCCCGAAGUGAGCCUAUAUUUGCUGCGGGAAGGGCUUGCAGCUUCCCUGGUCUCUGUGUUUAUUUUGGUGCUGUGGGGACUUGUUCAUUUAUCGUUACAGCAGCUCGUCAUUGGGAAGCCAACCGGCGAGUUCAACGCACUGAGAGCCAGACGGCACUUGGAGCAGAUCACCAGCGUCGGGCCUCGUCCAGUGGGCAGCCCGGAGAAUGAAGUCCUCACGGUGGGCUAUUUGUUGGAGCAGAUUGAGAACAUCCGGGUGGAAACCGCAGCGGGCCACCAUCAGCUCACCGUAGAUGUGCAGCGUCCCACCGGCACUUUCUCCAUUGACUUUCUUGGCGGCUUUACCAGCUUCUAUGACCGUGUCACCAACAUUGCUGUCAGGCUAGAGCCCAAAGGAGGAGCGCAGCAUCUCAUGCUAGCCAACUGCCACUUCGACACAGUGGCCAACAGUCCAGGUGCCAGUGAUGACGCAGUGAGCUGUGCAGUUAUGCUGGAAGUCCUCCAUUCUCUGGCCAACCAAUCUACUCCUCUUCAUCAUGGAGUUGUCUUCCUCUUUAAUGGGGCAGAGGAAAAUAUCCUUCAGGCCAGUCACGGUUUCAUUACUCAGCAUCCGUGGGCCGAGCAGGUGCGAGCCUUUAUUAACUUGGAGGCUGCGGGCGUUGGGGGCAAGGAGGUUGUUUUUCAGACAGGGCCAGAGAACCCGUGGCUGGUCCAGGCCUACGUUCAUGCAGCCAAACACCCCUUUGCCUCUGUUGUCGGGCAGGAGGUCUUUCAGAGUGGCAUCAUCCCCUCUGACACUGACUUCCGCAUCUACAGAGACUUUGGUAACAUCCCAGGCAUUGAUCUGGCUUUCAUUGAAAACGGUUUCAUCUAUCACACCAAGUACGACACUUCUGACCGGAUCCUGACCGACUCAAUACAGAGAGCUGGCGACAACAUCCUGGCGGUCUUGAGGUACCUGGUGACGUCGGAGAAGCUGGCAGAUUCCUCAGAGUAUCGUCAUGGAAACAUGGUAUUUUUUGACCUGCUGGGGGUAGUUGUGGUGGCCUACCCAGCCCGUGUUGGCACCAUCCUGAACUACAUGGUAGCCGCAGCCACCUUUCUCUACCUGGCCAAGAAAGCCUCACUACCAGGAAAUCGGGGUGGCCGGUAUCUUCGAGAUCUGGCCUAUGCCACCGGUAUAGCAGUCCUGAGUUGGUUCGUCACCCUGAUGUUGGUGCUGAUUGUUGCUCUGCUCGUCACUCUGCUGGGCCGCUCCAUGUUUUGGUACAACCACUUCUACGCCUCAAUCUGCCUGUAUGGGUCUGCUGCUAUGGGCAAGAUAAUCCUCAUUCACACGCUGGCCAAGAACUUGUACUACGGAGGUGUCCGUUUGGUGGAGCUGGGCGACCUCUACUUUGACGUGAGCUUGUUGCUGUGGUGCUGCAGCCUGGUGUGGCUCACCCAGCAGGGCCUGUGCUCAGCCUAUGUCCCCAUGCUAAUGGUGGCCUUCCCCCUGGCCACCAAGCUGCUGCUGGCAAAAGAAUUUAAACAUCGAGGAGCAUCACUGAAGUACAGUGUCCUCUAUCUUUUGGGCCUGGCGUUGCCGUACGUCCACUUCAUGUUCCUCAUCUGGGUGGUGUUUGAAAUUUUCACUCCCAUCAUGGGGCGCAGUGGUACCGAGAUACCCCCUGAGGUGGUGAUGGCCUCCCUGGUCACCUUGGCGACCAUCUUCAUCUCCUCCUUCUUUCUGCAUUUCAUCUACUUGGCACGGAGCACAAAGUGGAUCCUGACUGGUCUGGGAUCAGUCUUCAUCCUCACGUUCCUAUUUGUGUCCUGUGGCCUCCUCUUUCCUUAUUCAGGCAGUCCAGAGAGCCCGCGGCCAAAACGAGUCUUCCUGCAGCACACAACACGGACUUUCCACGAUCUCCAAGGCCAGGUGGAGAGCCACGACUCGGGUCUGUGGAUCAACAGUUUCGACUUCACAUGCAUACAGCACGUCACACCCCACAUCCCCGAGAUCAACGACAGCAUUCGCACCAGCUGCCGAGAGGACCGACCCUUCUGUGGUUACCCCUGGUUUCUGCCUGUGAAGUUCCUCAGCAAGAAGAACUGGUACCUUCCUGCUCCAGAAGUGUCUCCCGGCGCUCCAGUCGAGUUCAGCCUGCUGUCCAGAGAGGAGACUAGAUGGGGGACGGUCAAGAUGACCUUCAGUGUGAAAGGUCCCAGCCACAUGUCCCUUUAUCUGAUGCCUCAUCGAGGAGCCAGCCUCUCCACCUGGUCCUUUGGAGACGGGACCCCUCAGUUUGACCUGAGCGGGGAAUAUUUUGUCUUCUAUUCCCACGGCCUCGACGCCCCCACAUGGAUCUUCUGGUUUGAAAUACAGCCUCCCAGGGACCCGGACCCAUCAGGCCCCGAGGGGAUGAUCUCUGUUGCCAUCUCCUCCCACUAUUUCUUCGGGGAAGACAGUAGGACUGCUCAACUGGAGGAAAUCCUCCACAGGUUCCCCACAUGGGCUUUUCCUUCAUCUUGGGUCAGUACCUACGACAUGUACCGAUACUGAGGAUGCCACACACCGCAGAGGCCGAGGCUCAGAAGUGCUGAGGGUUGCAGGGGGCCCCCCCAGAGACAGACAGAAAAGAUUUCAAGGAGCAAUACCGAGGAUGAGCCCUGACGCCUUUUCUCUCUGACACAAACGCACGAUUCAACACACAUUCCCGCUCCCGUCCAGCCUGCCUGAGACCCCCAUCACUGUGUCAGUCGGCUUAGUAGCUAACGGAGCAGGAGGACGCGCCAGAGGUAAGCUGAUCAGACAGCUUACAAACUGACUAACUCAACGACCGACACCACAAGCCUCGCGUUCACUGCUGCGUUAGUGAAACAAAGGGGUUACGGUUCUUUCUUUUUUUUGUACUCAAUCUGUUGUGCCUUUGCUUUACUCAAACCAUCUAACCUCACCUCCUCAUUUUCAAUCUUGCGCACUUCCUUUUGUUCUUCCUCCCUCAUCCUCAUGCUUCCUGAAUGAAUCAUGUUGCAUCCCCUGCUCUCUCUUUAGCAAACCACUUGGGCCCUUCUCAUACUCGAUGUGUCACUGGCUUCCUCUGUAAAUUGCACCCCACCUCCUAUCUGCACUGUGGGUGCAGUAACGUACUGAUGGAUCCAUUUGGAAGGGAAACGGCUUUUAGUUUGAACCAUCAUCCGACUUUAACUGGAAACUUUGAAAGUCGCUUCUCAUCAACACGCCCUUGUUUUGUGUAAACGGUAAAAUUGCUCAUCGUUCCUCAAUAACACCACUGACUUGCAGCAAGUUGUACCGCCUGUGCUUUAAUUGUCAGAGACUCUGGCACGCAGAGGCAGAAACCUGUGCCUGUCAAAUGAAAACAGCCGGCUGAAAUCAAAAUGUCAAUGUGUCCUUUCAAACGGCUUCGCUUUCCUGAAUGUUUUGAGGGCAAUUUUGACGUCUUUUCCGCCUGAUGCAUUCAUGCAAAUGUGUAUUGAUUUUGGGCUUGAUCAGACGAGAACAUCACAGGGAACCUUUUUUCUUUUUUUAUUAUUUUUAAAGUGACAAACAGUUGUGCCAAGAACGAAGAAAUGUGAUCAUCCGACAGUCACCACUACCUCCUACAGCGAGAGAACGGCUAUUAAGAGACUGAAAAUGUUACUGUUGGAAAGAUUAAAGUAAUUUAGAGAGAUUAGUUUUGAUGGAUUAUAAAGCAUCACGUUCGUCUGCGGGCUACCUUGAUUAUCCUUGAUAUCUGAAUCGCAUGUGUGCGUUAUCAAAACCAUCCAAGUGACCGCCCCUGCAUUCAGUCCCACACAAAUGUCAGUUACUUGUUGGCAGUUUGACUCCGCCUCCUGUAUGUAAUCAUCAGGUGGGAAAGACUUGGGCGAUUGUUUGCACUUUGGAGAUCAAAUGAGCAAAUUUGUCUUUCGUCAACUUUGUUGCAACCGGCAACGUGUUGUCGUGAUCCAUGUUGUCAGUUUGGCUUCGGUCACACAAAAUAAGAAAUGCCGACAUCAAGGAGGCCUUAACAUUUUGCUUCUAAAGACACACACAAUGUUUACUGUUGUGGACGCGGACGUCUCAGUGGUGCUCAAGCUAUCAGGUGCUGCACUGUACAGAGUUUUUUUAUGUACAUGAAUUGUUGUCUGUUGGAAAGUGUCAACUUAAAAAUCCAUCACCGCCUUCGACAACACUUGAAAACAGGUCGGCCUAAUAUGCUCCUUUUUUUUAAUGCACAAUGUGCGACGAUAAGUCCUUAAAGUUGCCUCCUCUCCAUCUGCUGAGGAAGACUGCAGAUACAAUUGAAAGCACCCACAUAACGGGGUGUUAAGAGACCACCAGAGUUUCUAACUAACCAUUUCAAGUAGUCGCAGACAUCUGACCAUAUUGUUUAGUUUUGUUUAUAGUGAUAACAUGAAAUGGGUCGACAGAUGAAUAACAAGGUGCGUUUUGUUUUUAAUAAAAGCACGAAGACGGGAGGAACUGUGUAAAUGUGGGACGGCGCAGGAGGAGUCCGAUUUAAACGCUGUGAAAUGACUCAGACGACGGUGCUCCCACUAAAGCGUACGCAGAGCGCUGCUAGAACCUAACGCAAUUAAAACCAACUCCUUUGAGAACUACGUUCAUUUUAAUUGUUUAAGGCAGAAUCUUAAUGUAUUAUUGUAACUCAGUGCACACGAGAAAUAAGCAGUUUAACUGAAAUCUCUUCUGGGAUACACAUUAAAAUGUCUCAAUGCCUGUUGAAUGAUGUCCAUUUUCUUUUACAGUUGUUGUGGUCCAUCUUCACCCAUGCCUUUUCUGAACUGUUAAGAUUGUUUUUUUGUUUUUUUUAAAGACUAACAUUUUCUUUUGAUUAAUUUCACAAUUUAAAUCAACUGCUGUUCUGCUUUUUUUUUUUUUUUUUUUUUAAAUUGCAUGUCUUGUCAAUAUGAAUAUGGUGAUUGAUCUGGUAACAGGGUAUCCAUUUAUUGAUGAUACGGAUGAUUUAUUAUGCAAAAAGCUUGAAUUAAAUUAGCACUUUUACAGCAAUUAAAAUGUU